AAGGGGUUUAAGUUAGGCUGGAAAGAAUUUUAAACACGAUUCUAUCUUGUCUGAGGAUUCAACUCUAGAUCAAAACCGCGUUUUUGGAACGGGACAAACGAAGAAGCUUAUUCGCGGACAAAGAAAUAUAGGAGGAAACAGCUUGGUUAGGCGCAAAGAGAUCGUGGAGGGAUCUGUGUAGAUCGAUCGAAAGUCGGAUCAAGGAAGAAGAAGAUGAAACGGGUGUUCGGAGUGAAGAAAGAGAAGGAACCCCCUCCUUCAGUUCAAGAUGCUUCCGAUAGGAUUAAUAAAAGAGGUGAAACUGUGGAUGAGAAGAUUACAAGGCUUGAUGCCGAGCUUAGCAAAUACAAAGAACAGAUAAAGAGAACACGACCUGGUCCUGCUCAAGAAGCUGUUAAAGCUAGGGCCAUGAGGGUUCUCAAGCAAAAAAGGAUGUAUGAAGGACAGCGUGACAUGCUUUACAACCAAACAUUCAACCUUGACCAAGUUUCAUUUGCGGCUGAAGGAAUUAAAGAUGCUCAGCAAACUAUGACAGCUUUGAAAGCUGCAAACAAGGAGUUGAAAGGAAUGAUGAAGACUGUGAAGAUUGAUGAUAUAGAUAGCAUGCAAGAUGAGAUGAUGGACCUGAUGGAUGUAAGCUCAGAAAUUCAAGAAUCCCUUGGCAGAAGUUACAAUGUGCCAGAUGACAUUGAUGAGGAUGACCUCAUGGGCGAGCUUGAUGCCUUGGAAGCAGACAUGGGAAUGGAGACUGAGUCCACAGGAGUGCCUGCCUAUCUUCAACCUGAUAAGGAACCUGAUUUGGAUGCAGAACUUAGCUUGCCUUCAGCACCAACUGGACAUGGUCCAGUUCCACCCAGCAGACAAAAUGCCCGGCCUGAGGAUGAAUUGGGUUUACCAUCAGUGCCCCGAGCAUCACUUCGUGAUUAGGGAGGCUGCCAAUGGGAUGUAACUGAAACACGCAGAAAUAUAUUUUUAUGUCUUGUACAAAGGAGCAUUUGAUUGAUAUUUGAGAAUUGCCUGCCAUACCCAUCGUGCGGGGGUAAUAGUUCUAGGCAAUGUCAGACACAAUGUGUUGUUUUGUGGCC